UUUCAAAAUUUCCGGCCGUUGUUCUUCAAAAAAAGUUCCAAGUUCAUUGAUUGAUCACGUUUUUGAUAUUUUCUGUUCGUUGAAAUUUUGUGAUCUUUGUUUAUUGUAAUUAAUUUAAUAAUGUCGGAGAGUAAAACCCACGCUUCCCGCCUUUCGUCGUACAAGAAUGCUGGUCAAGGCACAAAUGACCUCCGUCGUAAGCGGGCCGAGCUCAGCGUGGCUCUCCGCAAGCAGGCUCGCGAUGAGCAACUCCUCAAGCGACGGGCCAUGUCUCCGGAGGCCGGGGAAGAGGUCCAGCCGGAGGAGAAGGUGAUGACUCCUGCUGAGAUCGUUAAAGGGCUCCACUCCCAAGACCUGUCCAUCAAGACGGUAGCCGCCCGCGCCGCUCGCCGAAUGCUCUCCAGGGAACAGAAUCCGCCGAUUUCCAUCAUGGUAGAAGCUGGUGUGCUCAAACCGCUGGUAGACGCCUUGGACCGCGAUGACUGGUGA